GAUAAACCCCUCCCUCUCCCUCUCCCUCUCCCUCUCCCAUGAAGAAACAGUGACACAUAUCUCACACCUAUUGUGCUCUUUGUGGGCGUUAAAAAUUGGAUUGGGAUUUCUUACUCUGCUAUUCUCUUCUUUCCCUAAAUCGUAUUCAUUCCUUUUUGAACUUUGGGUAUCGGAUUGGAGAUGGGGAGUUGUGUGAGCAAGAAGAUGAAGAACAAGGAGGCGGAGCCUCCUCCUCCUCCUCCAUCUUUCCCCUCUGCAAAUACGAAGGAUGCUUUUAAUGGCACCAACAUUGAAAUGAAAGAGAAAGAGAAUGAGAAUGCCCCCUCCCAACCACAAUCCAGAUCCACACUCCAAGGAGACACCAAGUCUGUGGCAAAGCAGGAGGCCAAGGCAGAUGCAUCUCCCCCACCACCGCCGCAGAAACAUGUUGACAGUGGUGGCGACCACGGAGGACGAGGAAUGGAAGCAGAAAUUAGCAACACUAGUAAUAGUAAGAGUGGGAGUAAGAAGAAGAAGAAGGAUGAUGAGGAGGCUGUAAACAGUAGCAGCGGGGGUGCGGUUAGAUCGUCAAGCUGCGCAAAGGAAGAAGUGGAUGCCAUCCUCAUUCAGUGUGGUAGGCUCAGCAGGAGCUCCUCAGGUAAAGACAGCAACCCUCACCGGUACUGUGGCUCCAAGCGCCAGUACGACUACCAACAACAGCAAGAUCAAGAAGAACAAGACAUCGACAUUGUCGGCAUUGAAGAUGAUGAGCAGCAAAGGCAUCGCCGCCUCAACUCGAGGCGAUCUUCUCCUGCUCCUCCUCAUCACAGGAGAACACCGAGCAGAGAUAGUGUGCAACACAGGCGCUCAAACAGUGGCGGCUGCAGUGCUGCUGCAGGGAGAAGGUCCAGUCCCUCUCCCAAUCCAAGAGGAAGAGCAGGUUCCAACAACAGCAGCAGCAGUGCAGAAGUAGGACCAAUGACAUCUCAUGGUAGCAUGAAAAGAGGAGGAGGUGUCAUUAAGCGCACCGUCGGGAAUCCAAAUGAGCUGCUUAUGAUGACAAGGGGCAGUGGCUCCCCUCGUUCUCGUUCUCCAUCUACUCAUACUAAUAGGGUUGCCUCUGUCACUGCUGUUGAUGGUGGUGGCCAACUCAGUCGCAACUCUUCCAAAAGAAGGGAGCAUUCACCGUACAGUAGGAGGAAUGAAGAGGAGUGCCCUCCCAAAACAGAUGCUGCAAAAAACGGCAACAGAAUUCGCCACAGAGAAGGAGACGAGAGACUUAAAAGAGCUUCUCAGCAUCAGCAAUCACAGAUGAUAGAGGGAAAAGGAAUGGGGUGCAAGCCAAGGUUGGAGGAGAGAGGUAGUAGCAAGGAGAUGAUGAUGGCAGGGAGCCAAAGGAAUGAAAGCAACAGAGCCAUGAGAGACCAGCUGCUUUCUUGCAGGCUCCCACAACAACAAUCCCUUUCAGAUACAGCUGCCAAAGAACUACACGGUGAAGAAGCGGUUCCUGCCAUGGGUUUUUGCUAUGGCAAGAUUAAUGAACAUGGGCUCCUUCCACUACCUGCGCACAAUGGAAACAACAACAGCAAUGGCAAUAAGAUGACAAGGAGCAAAUCAUCACGAAGGUCGUCAAGGGAGCACUUCCCUAAUUUGGAUCACCUGGGAAGUAAUGAAGAAGGAGACUACUCGUUUCCUCUCCCCCCCUCUGUUUCCAAGGCAUGCUCCAUCCUCGAAGCCGUGGCUGAUCUCAACAACUCUUCUAGUCAACAACUCAACUCCUUUGUGGAAUCUGAGAUGAGCCAUGACCUUCUGACAGAGCCCAGCCUCCACAAGUACGUGUCAGUGAGGGAGACCGACCAAGAGUCCGCCGGCAGCAACACCUUCCUCUUCAGUGAACCCACCAACGAUCACUUCAAGUGGGGCACUGGAGACGAUUACUCUUCUUCUUCCGUCUGCUUCUCAUCCCGCUCUCGCACCCACACUCACUCCACAACAGAGGAUGAUGACGAUGACGAUGGGGAUGAAGAAGCCAUCUCGGCAGCAGCAGCUGAGGAGAGAGCAGCAGCAUUAAUAGGUCUAAGAGGAUCGAGCCUUCCCAAAAACCUCUUACCUGUCAUCACCCUGAGCAGCAAGUUGAGAGAGCUCAAGAAGGAAUAUGAUGAUGGUAGUGACGGCCGCCUCAAAGUCAUGCCUCCUGCUCCUACUACCACAAUGUUGAGUGCGGCAGCUGUCCACUAGCUCCGUGGAGAACCCACUUUUAUGUCAAUUUGUAAUUUCGAAUUUUGAUGUCAGGGAACAGAUGAGGGACCCCCUUCAAAACCCAUUUAUAGACACUUAAUUGUGUCCAUUGCCUCAUCCUGCAUUGGACUUUCAACUUAACAAUCUGGUUACAUUUUCGAACACCCCUGCAAGCAUAUAUGUUGCAAAAAGGAGAAAGAUGCGAUUAAUUAAUGAUUAUAUGUAAUGAGAAUUGCUUGCC